CUGAUAUCUGCAAAGUUUUGCUUAAAAUUGGUAAUAAGUGCAUAUUUUAUUUAAAUAAUUAGUCAUAUUUAUUAUCCUAGAACAUAAUAUCCCACGCAAAAAUUAUGUGCAGAUAAUCUGCAUAUGGGAGUAGCAAAAAAAAUACUCGCAACUUACCAAAGAAUAUGUGCGAAGCACCAAUAAUGCUCUUAAAAUCUUUAGAGUUAGAUUUUACUCUCAAAAGAAGACUUCUUCUUUGGUGAGAACGUAAAAAUUUGAACUCACUAUAACAUAAUAUAUACUAAGCUUACGUUUCAUACAGUUUUCUUACGUUGUUGAAAAUAUUGCACUAAUGAACACUGGUUGCGAAAUUGUCAAUAUAAACAAAUUGGACAGAUAAAUUAAAUCUUAGGAUGUUGAAUACGCUUAGAACUUAUACUGAUCAACAAAGACAUGAUUAUGUAUUAAAAAAAUAUAUUCUUAAUAGUCAAACUUCAAAUCAAAAACGUGAUAUCGAUAUAAUUCGAGAGGGUCACCGUUUUCUAUGGGAUGACGAGUCUAAACCGCAAUCAUGGGAAGAGCGACUGGUGCGAAAAUAUUACAACAAAUUAUUUAAAGAAUAUUGUAUUGGUGAUUUAACGUAUUAUAAAAAUAAUAAAAUUGGUUUGCGUUGGCGUACAGAGUCUGAGGUAAUAUCUGGAAAGGGUCAAUUUCAAUGCGCCUGUGUAAAAUGUGAGGAACGUACAGAAUUGCGUACUUGGGAAGUAAACUUUGCUUACUUGGAAAGAGGUGAGAAGAAAAACACAUUGAUUAAGAUUCGCCUGUGUCCUCAGCACUCAACACAA